AUGUCUAAACACCACAAUGUUGGUCUCACACCAUUUCAAACAGUUCCGUUUUCACAGAAAUGUCAGCGGUUUCGAUUCGAACAUCCUUUUACCUCCAUGAUUGCCGGAAUGACCGGCUCAGGAAAAACGGCCUGGGUUCGAUCUCUAUUGCAACAAGCUUCAGAGACAAUUUACCCUCCCCCGGAGAGGAUCGUUUGGUGUUUUUCACAAUGGCAGCCAGCGUAUACACAAAUGCUAGUCGCCAUGCCACACAUUGAAUUCGUCAAGGGAAUUCCUACGGUUUUGGAGCAGGAUUCCUAUUUUGAUGUGAACAAACGGAAUCUGAUCGUCUUUGAUGAUCAGAUGAUUGACGCCAGUAAAGGCAAGCGAAUUGUGAACCUUUUUACUCGUGGUUCUCAUCAUCGCAAUCUGAGCGUGAUUUAUACCGUGCAGAAUCUAUUUCACCAGGGGAAAGGUAGCCGCAGCGUAAGCCUAAACAGCCAUUAUCUGGUGUUAUUCAAGAAUCCACGAGACAAAUUGCAAAUCUUGACUCUUGUCAAGCAAAUGUAUCCCGGGCAGACUGAUUUCUUUUUAAAUCAGUAG